AAUGGCACUCUAUGCCAGUAGAACGCUGGCUCUAAAGAACGAGAGUCGGGGCUUUAAAUCGGUCGAUGUUUAAACUUGUACAUUUGGUCAUGGGUGUACCCCCGAGUAUUUUACACGGUGUGGCUGAGGAUUUGGCCUAAAUUUGAUUAUUUCCGUGAAUAUUUUAUAUUGCCUUCGCGCCUCUCUCUGGACAUAACCCUUUCUUAGAUUAUAUGACGCAACUGUGUACUGUGAAUUGAUAUGGCGGGACUUUUGCAAUACUAGAGUUUUUAAUCAAUGAAUUAUAAAUUUAUGACAAGUCAGCCGGCGUGUUUUAUGACUUUUCAAAUCUUCAGUAAAUUGUAAGAGGAAUUGGACUGCUUGCUGUGAGGGUUAUACAGAUUCUUCGACCUAAGAGACUGACAUAAUAGUAAACCAUGAACACGAAUGAAUUGAUCGCCAUAGUGGGAGGAUCUUUAGCAGGGCUGGUUGUGAUUUUGAUAAUUUUGGCGGUCAUUAUCUACUGUGCUUGUGGAAAAAGGAGAAGACACGAGGAAAAACAUCGCCGAUUACCAAACAGCAUUAGUCAAGAUACAAGCUUAAGCAAAAGCAGCAAAUAUGGCAACGGAAUGGAUCCGCGAAUGGAGCCUCCUCCUGACCCAAGACUACCAAAGGUGGGGAGUAAUGGUCUAUGGAUGGGGGCCCCUUCGAUGUAUACCUCCGGGAAGCCCCAGAUGUAUUACAACGACAACCAGAGAAGGCAUCAACCCGCUGUUCAGCGGGCCAUAUCGGAGGACAGGCUGUCACCACGUUACAAUCGACAGCUGUACAGACACAACAAUAAGGGCCGAGAGAUCCGAAGUGGUUCGCUACAAAGAUACCCGUAUUAUGACAACUACAAUUUUUAUCAUCCCUAUAUGGUCUAUCAAGGAAAUCCACAGAUUUACCACAGCCAACAAGUGACCUCUUCAUAUGAACCUUACGGACGUCUUCCUCGCAGUAACAGCUAUAUGGAGCUAUAUCCACCUUCACCUUAUGCUGGAUAUCCUUCCAGUGGAUAUGGUGGUGUUCGAGAUUCUCGGGCAGUUCUAGUGGAAUAUCCUGACGAUUCUGAUCACAUUUACGAUCCCUACCGGGAUAUGUUUGAUGAUCGGAAGCGUGGAAAGAAGGUUCAACGAACACACAGUGACUUAACAGGAACCAAACGUAAGAAACGUGAACGAAAGUACGAUUCUCCGUACGAUCUGGAGAAUCGUCCCAGCAACAAAGACAAAAGGGAAGAGAGUGACCGACGCAAUAAGGGGUCUCUAGAAGGUCGUGUGCCUCGAACAGCUUCCGUAGAGAUUCACGAAAGGCAAUCACGUGAUCAUAAACAACGCGAGAUGAAACAGAACAUGAAUGGUGUCAGAGACGAUAAGGAGACGAAACCGGAAGUGAACGAACAAGAACUCUCUCAGACAGACAGUGCUAAAUUGAGAGCAAUGCAAGAGAAAACAAAAGACACCGUAGACAGUAAACCAAUAACAACUGAAUGGAAUAAUAACAAGGAGGAAUUAAAACUAAACUUGCCAAAAGAUAGUGACGACGAAGACGUUGAAGUGAAACGUUAUGAAUACAGUGGACAUAUACAGAGGGAUAGAGAGAAUUCUAGAGAAAGACAAGAGAACUUGAGGAAUAAACUGAAUGAAAGCACAUUUGUCAGUGUGAAAGUAACACCAGACAUGUAUGAAAAGAAUGGCCACGACAACCCGGUGUUCAGCGACGAGGGUCCAGUGUCUUCUCGGACACCCACUAGGGGCAGGAAAGAGAGAUCUGACAGCAAUACUGAUGGUAAACAAGUGUCGGCAGCUUUUGAUUUUCUGAAUAAUUACCUGUCGGACGAUGAGGGGACGGACUAUCUAGGAAGUCGAUCUCACUCCCCCGUACCAUUGUAACACAGCAAAGUUAUCAUGAUGCAGUUCUAGAAUGAGUGGACUUUUUGGCCAAGUAAAGGUUGACUGUCUGCAUUUGCAGAUUAUAGACUGUGCAAGAAAAGCUGGAGAAUUGCGCGAAAUCAGAAACGGUGAACGUGGAUUUCUACAAAGAGACACGCAAUGAAUUUGUUCAUAAGUUAUUAUAUACCAACCCUGUGCCAAACAAGAUUGCAAGUUUCUUGUCUUUUUUAUUAUAUUUUCUUGACACAAAAAUGCAUCAUCAACAAAUUCAUACCAUGCAAAUACAAUAAAGUGAAUUAUUACUGAAAAGAAAAACUUAUACUUCAGUUAUUCGGAAACUGAACUAAGCUUGUUAAAUUUUGUGUUUGUUGUUGAAUGGUUGAAUCUUCCUUUUAUCUAUCUCAAUACUCAAAGAACAAAAAUCAAAAUUGAAAGUGUGUAAGGCUUUAUGGUCGGCCGUUUUGUGAAGAAUGACAUGUACACAAAAUUUCUGUGCUGUAUGAAUGAUUUACCAGUAUCAUAGUGUGUGUUUGUCUGUGUUUGUUUGAUUUUAUAUAUGAAUUUUUACUUCAUCUUAUUCUAUUACAAAUAUCUUAAACCAUGGAUAUCGGAAAAUAUUUUCUUUAAUUUUGCAUAUAAUUUUAGUGCAGAUCAUCUUUUAUUUUUGUUAUUAUAAGUCAUGUAUCUUUUUUACUUUUCCAAUUAAUUGUUAAUGCAACAUUCAGUGAGCUUGUGCAUCUGAUAACAUUAGAUCAACAUCUUUUAAAAAUAAACAGUUUAUCAUAUGAAUGCAUAAUCCAGAAAAGAACUAAUGAAAAAAAAAAAUACUAACAAAAAUGUAGAAUGCAUUGCUUCAAUUUUUGUUCACGGAAUCAACUGAAACUGUUCAGCGGUUGAUCAAAUUGCCACAAUAAUUUAUACCUGUAUUUACAUAUUCCAUAUGUAUCAAUUUUCAUAUAUCCAAUAAAAAGAAUGUAGUACUGUAUGCCAUAUUUGUAUUUAUUUUGUAAUAAAGACAACUA